GAAUUUCAGUUCAGCAUUUGAAUAACCUGUAUUCAAUACAUUGUACUCAAGCUGUCAUAAUUUAAUGACAAUUCAAGUGUUCCUUGUGUUAAUCACAGCAUGCCACUGGCUGUUAGUGCCUUGCAUUUCAGCCUGAGUGAGAAGUAGACCCAGAGAUAGAGCCACAGUGUGCUACCACCCUUUGUUUGAUCAAGACUGGACAACAAAUACACAGAACAUGAAGAUAUUGGUGCCCAAAUAAAUGUGACAAAAUCAAGUUAAUAAACACGGAUCAGCCACAACAAUAAAACCACUGACAGGUGUUUAAAUACCAUUAGUCAUCUUAUCACAAUGUGAUGUUCUGCUGGGAAACCUUGGGUGCUGCCAUUCAUGUGAAUACCACUUGACAUGAACCACCCAUCCAAACACUGUUGUGGACCAAAUACCCCCCCUCAUCACAACAGCACUACCCGAUGGCAGUGGCCCCCCUGCAGCACAAUGUGCCUCAACACACUGCAAACACUUCUCAGGAACAGCCGGAGGAAUCCCAAUCUGAUUGAGCAACUGUAAGACGUGCUGGAGCAGGUAUGAUCCAUGGAGGCCCCAUCCCACAACAUACAGGACACAGAGGAUCCACUAUGAAAUGGCCUGGUGCCAAAAUAUAAUGCCUUAUCAGUGUAUUUUGAUGUUAAUAUUUCCUCUUGACAAUUUUCAGAAAAUUAUGAACCUUAAAUAUCAAUGAUAUAUUAGACAACACUACAGUUCAGGCAGAGCUGGUGCUCAUUCAGAUGGGACAAUAGCCUCUCCAACAACAACAACAAUAAGUGUAUCAGAUUACAUUUCCAGGGAAUCACUGAGUCACAUGUGAACCAACAGCAUCCAGCAGAGGACUGACUCACCUGACUCACCUGAGAAAAACCAGAAAACAGUUUGUCGGUGUGUGUGUGUGUCUCUCUCUUUAGUACAGAACCACAGACAGACGAUCAGAUCCACCUUCAGACUGAACUAAUGUCCUCUGAGUGAGUUCAUCUACAGGAGAGAGGAGGAGGAAAAUACAAUACUGCAGACGCUUCACACACUGAAGCGUCACUCAGAGACUAAAUGGCUUCCAGGUUAGAGGAGGAUCUCUGCUGUCCGGUGUGUCGUGAUGUCUUCAGAGAGCCUGUCCUUCUGUCAUGUAGCCACAGCUUCUGUAAAGACUGUCUGCAGAGAUGCUGGGUAGACAAAGAAAUCAGAGAAUGUCCACUUUGUAAGAGAAGAUCUUCAAGGAACCAUCCACCUUUAAACCUGGUGUUAAAGAACCUGUGUGAGACCUUCUUACAGGACAGAGAUCAGAGAGCUUCAGAGGAUCUCUGCAGUCGGCACUCUGAGAAACUCAAACUCUUCUGUCUGGACCAUCAGCAGCCGGUGUGUCUCGUCUGCAGAGACUCAGAACAACACACCAACCACAGAUUCAGACCCAUCAAUGAAGCUGCACAACAACACAAGAAGGAACUUCAGGAAACUCUGGAGCCUUUAAAGAAGAAGUUAAAGGUUUUUGAAGAAGUUAAAGUGGAGUUUGAUCAGACAGCAGAACACAUGAAGGUCCAGGCCCGACACACAGAGAGGCAGAUCAAGGAUCAGUUUAAGAAGCUGCACCAGUUUCUAGCAGAGGAAGAGGAGGCCAGGAUGGCUGCACUGAGGGAGGAAGAGGAGCAGAAGAGUCAGAUGAUGAAGGAGAAGAUGGAGGCUCUGAGCAGAGAGAUAGCAGCUCUUUCACACACAGUCAGAGCCACAGAGGAGCAGCUGAGAGCUGAAGACGUCUCAUUCCUGCACAACUACAAGGCUGCAGUGGAAAGAGUCCAGCAGCGCCUCCUGCUGGAGGAUCCACAGCUGCCCUCAGGAGCUCUGAUAGACCAGGCCAAACACCUGGGCAACCUGAGCUUCAACAUCUGGAACAAGAUGAAGGACAUGGUCUCCUACACUCCUGUGGUUCUGGACCCAAACACUGCUCAUCCAAACCUCAUCCUGUCUGAAGAUCUGAGCAGUGUGAGAGGAGGAGAGAGACAGCAACUCCCUGUUAACCCAGAGAGGUUUGAUGUGUACAGGUCUGUCCUGGGCUCUGAGGGCUUUAACUCAGGGACUCACAGCUGGGACGUCGAGGUUGGAGACAGUACAUGCUGGUUACUGGGUGUGUUAGCAGAGUCUGUCCAGAGGAAGGGAUUCAUACAGUCUGGAUUAUGGAGAAUAAUGACAUACAGAGGUGAAUACUCAGUGCGGUCACCACCAGCUCCACCCACUGGUCUUGUAGUGCAGAAGAAGCUCCAGAGGAUCGGAGUGAAUCUGGACUGGAACAGAGGAAAGCUGUCGUUCUCUGAUCCUGAUACUGACACACAUCUACACACCUUCACACACACUUUCACUGAGAGGAUGUUUCCAUAUAUUUUCAUUGGUGAUAAACCCCCUCUGAAGAUUGUACCCCUGAAGGUGUGUGUGACAGUUGAACAGAGCAGUUAAAGAAGUAUUUCAUCUCUGGAAAGUAUUUCUGCAGUAGAAAGACAAACAGUUUUGAACUUGAUGCUACAUGAGCAGAGAAAACAGAGUGAAAGGGCUGUGGUAUCCACUUCUACUCAAACGACUACAACACCCAGAGUUCACAGCGCUGCACCGGAUUGGACGGGGCUUGGUUUUGACUCAGACAAAGUUCUGAAAGAGGAGACAGUGAGAUGGCUGGAUGCUGACAAACUAUACUGGCUUGCAACUUAACAGUGUCAUGUCAUGUCAUUGUCCGCAGCCGCUUAUCCCUUUCCAAGAGGUCGCGGGGUGUUGCUGCUGGAGCCAAUCCCAGCCUUGUCUCAGGGUGAGGGCAGGGUACUCCCUGGACAAGUCGCCAGCUCAUCGCAGGGCAACUUAACAGUGAAAAAUUAUAAUAUCUGCAAUGUUGUUAAUUUAAGUGUGUUAUUGAAAACACUCAGGCUGUAAAGUUCUCAAAUUCUGUACAAGUUUGAGGUAUUUUAGUUUUAUAUCAAUAUUCAGUUUUACUGCUAAAUCUACUUUUGUACAAUUCUGAUUAUCUGUGAUUCACCCAUGUAUUGUACUCACAACCAACACUUACAUAUACUUCAAUAUGUAUGUACACUUUACAUUUCCUCUCCUCUACAUGUAUUAUAUAACCUUUGGAUAUAAUCACAUGAAGUACUCAAAACAGUAAAGUGUGUGUGUGUGUGUGUGUGUGUGUGUGUGUGGAAUCCCUCUUGGUAAUUUAACAAAAAUGAACUGAACACAUUUGAAGCAAUAUUAUGGUAAAAGACCUUAAAAGAAGCUUGUCUAUUCUAUUUUUGUUUUUUCAUAAUUAACAGAAACAGAGGUCCCCUCUUAGAUAGUGGACACACGUAGUGCCCUUUUUAUCAUAUUGACCAGUAUCUGUGUGUUACUCAAAUACUUCUUCAUAUUGGUCACUUUCAGGUUUACCAAAGUAAUAUUUCAAUAUUUUUACUGGAGUAUGACUGAUGGGUACUUUUUCCAGCACUGGUACUUAGUUACUUUGGAUAACUGGUAUUGUUUUAUGUUUUAAAUCUGUUUGCAAAAAAUUAUUAAAAGCAUUUG